UAUCUCCUCUGUUUCGUCCUCUCUCUCUGUCUCCCCUGUCAAUUUGCUUCGAUUUGUUGAUUCUAUCCACUUUAUAAGAUCAAUUUCUACACAAAUAUGGAAAUUAAAUGAUCUUAUCCCCAAUUUAUGAUCCCAAUAUCAAUUCCUUUGCAAUUUGCAGAUCUAUGAAACCCUAGACUCCUCGAUCGGCGGGAUAAUAUUCCUCUGCCCAACUUUCCGCUCCCUCUCCAUGCCUUUUUCUGGGUUUUCAGAAAUCUGUGAUUUUGCAGCUUAAUCACAUAGUUUCUAGGGUUCAUAGGGCUUUUGCAUGGAUUUCUCUCAAAUGCCCAAUUUACAUUCCCAACCUCAAUCCCAUUGCCAAUUCGCAUAUCAAUUGAAACCCUAGAGGGGCGGGGAAAUCACCUUCCCUCUCUCUCCCCUCCAUAUCAUUUUCUGGGUAUUCAGAAUUCUAGGAUUUUUCAGCUGUAACUCUUAAGGUUCCUAGGGUAUUUUUGUAGCAUUAAAUGGACCCUCUUCAAUUGGCGGAAAAGGUUUGGUUUUUUCCUCAGAAAAGAAGAAAAUGGCUGAUCUUGUUGACGGUUUUUGGAGUUUCGGGCUAUGGAGUUUACAGGGUUUACAAUUUGCCAUCAGUUGCGAGGAAGAGGAAUCGAUUGAUGAAGCUCUUCGGAGCCAUUGUUUCUGUCGCCGAACUGGUCUCGGAUUCGGCGGGGACGAUAAGUAUUGUAUCUCGAGACUUGAAGGAGUUUCUAAAUUCAGAUUCUGAUGAGAUUCCGAAUAGCUUGAAGCAGAUUUCUAAGAUCGCGAAAUCAAAGGAAUUCACGAAUUCGCUCGCUAGGGUUUCAGAGGCUGUAACCAUAGGGAUCUUUAGAGGGUAUAACGUGGAAUCUAGAAAUUCACAUGAUUCAAAUGUUGGAUUGAAUUCAAAUCCUAGCUUUUCUGAUAGAGUAAUGGAGAGGGUUUUCUCUAAGGCAGGAUCUGGAUUCCUCUCUGUCGUUGUUGGUAGCUUUGCCAAGAAUCUGGUUCUUGGACUCUACGGAGACGAUUCUCGAAGUGGCGAAGAAUGUGGGUUUGAUUCUUCAGGAACAACGAAAACACCGAGAUGGGUGAGCUUGCUCUGUGAUGAAAAGUGUAGAGAGCUUUUGGCAGAGUGCAUUCAGAGAUUCACGAGCACUGCGGUCGCUGUCUAUCUCGAGAAGACGGUGGGUAUCAACACUUAUGAUCAGAUUUUCGCUGGCUUGACGAAUCCAAAUCAUCGGGACAGCUUAAGGGACAUUCUCGUUUCGAUCUGUAAUGGCGCUCUCGAGACCCUUGUGAGGACAUCACACGAUGCCUUCACAUCUUCAAAGUCAAACGAUUCAUGCUCUGCUUGUUCCAUCAUCGACGAGAGCGAAGAAACUAAUUUCAAGAACGGCGGUUUCUUGAAGGAUAAGGUGUUUUCAUAUCCCGUGAAGAGAAAAACCUCACCUUCCGGGUGGGGGGAGGCUCUCACCUCCACAUUGGCAAUCCCGAGCAAUAGGAAGUUUGUAUUCGACGUAACGGGAAGAGUAACGAUUGAAACAAUGAGAUCGAUCAUCGAAUUCGUAACGUGGAAAACAUCACAAGGCUUCAGGAGGAGUUUCCACCUGUUUCAGGAAGAGGCAGUGGACAGAGGACGGCAAGUAGUUGAAUACUUUGGUGCGAAAUCUUCGGUUCUGGUGACCGUUUGCCUCGCCCUGUACUUGCAUGUCCUGAGCGGUUUUCCUCGGGGUUCUUCCGCCUUGUGCUUAGCUUAACCCAGAAUUAUCACUCCUUUCAGACAGCUAUUGAUGAAGACAGGGACCAGAAUCUUGCAAGCAUUUAGCUUCAUUAGGUAAAAAAAUCGAUUUGAAGUAGAAAGAAACUAAUCAGCUUCAUUCUCUGUGUUAUUUGUUACAGUUGGAGCUGAACAGUGUGGACAAAGAGGUUCUUGUCGAUGGAAUAUAGUUUCUAGUGGCUUCUUAGGACAUGGGAAUGUGGAGUCCUUUCCUUUUUUAUGAAUGAAACCCAUGUUAUACUGGGAAUUUAACAAAAGUGAUGUUUAUGUGGAAUUUGAGUGAUAACUCUGGGUUAUAUAUA